GAUCAUACUGUUAAAACUUAAUAAUUUUAUCUAUCAACUUCAAUUAAAGGAAUUCAAUGUUGAUUUCUAGAAAUUUCAUUUUUUUCAGCGAUAUUAAUUAUGAGAAGAAAACAUCUGACCUCAAUUAUUCACAAUUGAUGAGACGAGAUGUAAUGCUAAAUUUAGGGUAUAUACACAUAUAAUAGAUUGGAGAUUAUGAAAAUAAGGAAAUCAUGUUCAGAUUCAUUUGUCCUCAUUGCUGAGAGGUGAGGAUCCCUCAGUAGAUUGCUUUUUUGUAAAUCGUUGUUGACGAGCAUAUUGGGUUUCGUAUUCUUUAAUCUUUUCAAAGUUGAUCUGGAUGUGCUUUUGGGCAGGAAUACGAGGGAGUUUAAGAGUAGAUUAGGUAGAUUGGCAAAG